ACGUCGGGAUGACCGCUCUCAGUCUUGUUGAUCUUUUCUCUGCCCCUGCUCCGAUACUUGUAAAGAUUGCCACAUAAAAAAACAUCCAAAUAGAAAAGUUCAGUAUAAGUGUUCCGACCGAUGGAAUAGAUUCGAACACUCAUUCCAUCGAAGAGAUAACAAUAUUAAUAUCGAAUAUUUUAUCGGUCAUGAUGUGUGUGCAUUAUGUUAUUAUCAUUGAAUAACUUCAGGUAGUAAUCUUGAUUCUGCACAAGUGCAGAGUAAUGAGUAGUGCAGAUGGCCGAAUUCGCUAUAUUUGUCACACAUGAUAAACAAAAAACAAAUCGGUGUGCAUUGGAUGUCGAGGGUUGCUGUAAGAUGUAAUAUUCCUGGCGAGGUCGACGACUUGUAAAUUAAUAUGGAUGACGAUCCGCGACUGUCACAUUAUGUUUACAUUUAUAUGGCUAACAGGGAUAAACCAUUGAAAUUUGCAUUUAUUGUUGGUGAAACUAUCGAAGACCUGUGUAUAAAGGUAUGCAAUACCUUCAAGAUAAAUCCUUUAGCAAGACAUUUAUUUGCAUUGCAAAGUUAUUCUUCAAAACUAUGGUUUCCUUGUGGUCACAUACUGGAAGAAGACUCCGAGAAAUACAGAUUCAAUUUUCGCUUAAGAUUCAAGCCGUCCAGUAUGGAUAGACUGAGAGAGAUAGAUUUAAAUGCAUAUAAUUAUUAUUUUGAGCAAGUUCGAAAAGAUGUAUUGGAUAAUAAAGUACCUGACAUAGUUUAUGAAAAACAUAAACAUGAACUAAUUGGCCUAGGAGUUAGCGAUAUGUACAGGGUGAUGCUCGAAGAAGAACUUCCACGAGAAAUUGUAGAAUCAGAAUAUAAGAAAUAUAUACCUAAGGAAUGCAUAAAAAGGCAUGCCUUUUUUAUUAGAAAACCUAUUCAUAAUGCACUUACGAAGUUAUCUGGAUAUGACGCUGCAUAUGUCAAGGAACAGUAUUUGAAGCAAUUUGAACGUAUGGCUCCGAAUUAUCCAUAUGAAGAAUACACGGCAUUAAUGGAUAAAGAUGUUCCUAAUCUAAGAGUUAAGGUCUUGCUUAGGGUUACUAUAGAGCAAGUAAAAUACUGUGAGAUUGACAUUGGUACUUGGAAAACGAUUUGUAGGAUAGAGGACAUUUCCACUCUUUCUAUAGGAAAGAACAAUACUGUGUUAAUUGGGAGGAGAACUGGCAUACCAUUAUGCGUACAAUUUGAAACAAAAGCGAUUUUGUUGUCUUUCGUAUCUGCGCUAGAUGGUUAUUAUCGCUUAUCAGUUAAGUGGAAUUUUAAUCUCUGUAGUGGUGAUGCUAGUAUUAUCACGCCUUCAUUAGAGAGAUUACAGAAAUUAAGGUGCCAUGGACCAGUUGGAAAAGACUUUUCGUACACGAAGCUUAAGGAAAAAUGUGCCAACGAACCGGGAAGUUACAUACUUCGUGAGAGUGAAACCGAGUACUGUGUUUAUUACAUCGACGUUUACAACAAAGACGGAACUAUAUCUUCAGAAAGAGUAGUGCAGACUAAACCUGAUAAAUUUGCAAUGACAAAUAGUAUGCAGGUGUACGAAUCUCUGAGGCAUUUAAUUUCUUCAUUCCAAAAUCCAAAUGAAUCUAUAUACCUUGGGAAAUGUUUAGGAUUUUCAGAAUAUGACAAAUCAAAAUUAUUACUUUGCACUUCGGAGAACGUCGUAAACGAAGUAGCGGCAGAUGAAGAGAUAAUUACCACUUUAUUGCAAGGUGGACCGCGAUGCGUACCAUGGAAUGAGUUGCAGGUAUACAAAGCGAUCGAUGAGGAUUUGACUUGUACCACGACAAUGACGAGUUUGCAUCGAGCUAUAUGGCGAGUUGCUAAAGGCAAGAAGCUCGAAGUUAUGAUGAAGAUACUCAAGACGGAGGAAAAUAAUUAUACCAAAGAAUUUUUAGAAUUGGUUGGCAAAUGGAGCCAAUUGCGAUCGGGGGCUCUAGUUAGAUUGUAUGGCAUAACUGUAGCGCCGACGAUUGGAAUGCUACUUGAGCUGGUAAAUUUGGGCUCGCUGGACAAAUACCUGUGCAGCAAUAGUAAGUCUGUACUAACAGUCGACAUGGUGGAAGCUACCGUCUGUCUGGCAACAGCUCUAUGGCAUUUGGAGGAGAAUCGUGUAAUUCAUGGAAAUAUAAGAUGUCGGAACGUUCUCGUGCAUUCGCAUACAGAUAACAGCUUCAUUGUCAAAUUGGGAGAUCCCGGUCUCUUCACUUAUACCGAGGACGACAUAUAUUGGAUACCGCCAGAAUUUUACGAGGAUUUCGCAUCUGCAAAAUAUAGCCUUCAAGCGGAUAUAUGGGCGUUAGCAACAACUAUUUGGGAGAUAUUUUCCAGAGGAGCAACUCCACCUAAAUAUCACAAAAUUCAUACUGUUAAAAUGUAUUAUAAAUGUGGAAAUCGACUGCUUUCUCCUAAGGAUUGUCCUAAUGAAAUCUAUAAAUUAAUGUUGGAAUGCUGGGGCAAAAAUAAUUCUAUAAGGAAACAGCCUCAGGCAAUCAUGCGAGAUAUUAACCAAAUUCUAUAUGAAGUAUACAACGCUCGAAGAACUCAUACUUAUGCUACUAUAUGCCCCAAACUGUUCAAAGAAAUCGAUGGAAACAAUGAUGAAAAUGGCAGUAUUUAUACAGAAGAAAGCAAAUCGAAUAGUGAAUCACAAACGAGUUUAGUUACUGAUUACACCAAUAUUACUUGGAAUGAUCAUGAUCAUGUUACAGAACAGCUGGUUAGUUACCAGAAUCAAGACAGCAAUAAUAGGGAUGAAUUGUCGUUUUAUCUGCGUUGGCUAAACAGCGAAUUGUACAAAAUGCCAAUUGGGGGUAACGGUAGCGAUUGCGGUCCAAGUUGUGAAGAUAGCGCAGGCAAAACCAACAAAAGUAAAAUUAAUGACAAAGCUGGCAACAGCAAAGACAGCUCCCAAUGGCAGCGUACCUAUGAAAUAAAUGAAAACUUGGACGUGAUCCUACAAGGACGCAUAGGUGAAGGUUUUUACGGUGAAGUGUACAAGGGUACGCUCAGGAGGCGCAACGGUAAGGAAGUUGACUCGGAACAGGAUGUGGCCGUUAAGAAGCUCAAAACGCAAGAGGAUUCAGAAAAUGUGCUUGAUUUCGAGAGGGAAAUUAAAAUCAUGGAGAGGCUCAAACAUCCAAACAUCGUGAAAAUUCUGUGCUCAGUGGAUCGAAUUUUGGUGAUGGAAUUCAUCCAAUAUGGCUCGUUGUUGAGUUAUCUAAGCUCGCAUCGGUUUAGCCUCGCAUAUAAAACACUAUUAGGCUUCGCUCUAGACAUCGUCGCAGGCAUGGAGUAUCUCGGCAGUAUGAAUAUUGUUCACAGAGAUUUGGCAGCAAGAAACAUCUUAGUAGCGAACGAGGAUCGAGUGAAAAUUAGCGACUUCGGUCUUGCGCAAGUGAUAGCUGCGAGUGAUUAUUAUGUUUUUAAAACCCUUCGUAAUAUUCCAAUAAAAUGGUAUGCACCGGAGAGUUUGAGGCAUAAUAAAUUCUCAACGCGUUCGGACGUAUGGUCAUUCGGCGUGACGAUGUACGAGGUUUUCAGCUACGGCGUCGAUCCACAAUUAUCAAUUAGAACGGAUGAGAAAGAAAUCUUAAUGACAACUAUAACCGACCUGCUGAACGCAUUAGAACGUGGUCACCGUCUUCCGUGCCCAGCUAACUGUCCACAAGAAAUUCAUAGGAAACUGAUGCUCUCAUGUUGGCAGCUAAACAGUCAUGAAAGACCGAUUUUCGCCAAUUUACGCGAAGAUAUCGAGCAGCUGCUUUGUAAUUAUUAGAACAUUUCUUUACCAAUCGUCUGUUGUUAUUUUAGAAAUACAUGACAUAACCCAGUCGUGAUUCUUGAACAGCCCUAUGAAAUUUAGUACUUUUUAGCGUCCAUGUGAUGUCGCCAUGACGUUGAUAACAUACAUUCAGCUCUGUCAAUAUACAUUUUGUUAUGGGUUUCACACUGUUACACACUCUUGUGUAUUUUACACGAUAAAGCUGCAAAAUAUAAAUAAGAUUGAAUGUUGCCAGCACCGAAUAAUAACUUGACGUCAUUAAAUGAACACUCAUAUGGAAAUAUGGGGGUUUCAUAGAGCUGUUCUUAUAUUAAUGGAAGAUUCUUUGAUAAGUCAACAGUUAACUUAUUUUUUGCAAAAAACCGUUUUUAUUGUUUAUGAAGAAUUAUAUAUAAAUAUAAUACCUACGUGUGUGUAUAUACAUAUACAUACAUACAUAUAU